AUGGGACUUGCAGAGAAAACAGUGGUCUCUGAGACCGGGCUCGACAGAUCUGAUGCAUCGCUGGAGGUGAAACCACAAAACUCAUGGAAAGGAUAUUUGUGGGACACGUUCGCCCUUCCUCAGGAUCAGCGUCGACUGUUGUUCAAAUUGGAUGCUUUCGUUUUGACGUUCGCUUCGAUUGGCUACUUUCUCAAGAACCUCGACCAAACUAACGUCAACAAUGCAUUUCUCAGUGGUAUGAAGGAAGACCUACAGAUGUACGGCAAUGAGCUCGUUACUAGCACCUCCAAUCCCGUCAAACCUCUUGCUUACUCGAGUCUCACCACGAUGGGUGAUACCUAUGGAAUCCAUUACAUGUUGGGAUCGUGGUAUACUCCUCGUGAAAUCGGUAAACGGGCCAUGGUAUUCUGGCUAGCUGGGUCUAUUGGCCAGAUGUUUAGUGGUUUUCUGCAGGCAGCGGCGUACACAAACUUGAGCGGGUCGGGAGGUCUUGCAGGCUGGCAAUGGCUAUUUAUCGUAGAUGGUAUCAUUACUAUUCCUCUUGCCUUGGCGGGUUUUAUAUUCUUCCCAAAUAUGCCUGGCGGUGGAAAGACCUGGUGGAUCACCGAAUCAGAGCACACCCUCUCGGUGGACCGGAUGAAGGCUGUUGGGCGAGCCGGAAAGCAGCCGUGGACGCGGGCUAAAGCCAAGAAGAUCCUUUGCAGCUGGCAUACGUACCUCCUCCCGUUGUGUUAUGUCGUCUGGAAUAAUGGCUGGGCCCAGCCCGCGAUGGGUUACUGGCUCAAGAGCUUUAAUGAAACCCCAGCCCCGGUGCCGGGCACCUCGUUCUCAGUGGCAGACAUCAAUGACUUACCUCUUCCAACCACCGGUAUUUUCAUUGUGAUGGCUCUGAUUUGGGGCUGGGCCUCUGACGGUCCGUGUCACGGAGUGCGCUGGCCUUUUAUCUAUAUCGGCGCAGCUAUUACUCUUAUAUUCAGUAUCCUCCUGCGCCAAAUGCCACUGUAUGAGAAUAUCAGGGGCCGCAUGGUAGUCUACUGGCUCAGUCAAAUUGGUAAUGGCGCGGGGCCACUUAUCCUGACCUGGAUCAACGAGAUUUGCACCGACGACACCGAGAAGAGGGCGCUGCUUGUCGCGAUGGGCAAUGAUCUCGCAUAUGUGGUGCAGGCAGUUGCACCAAAUUUCGUUUGGAAAACUACUGACUUCCCGGCGGCACGAAAGGGGUACCUCUGGUGUAUCAUCAUGCAAAUCUUGCUCGUUGUGGUCACUGCCUCUAUUCAGCUUCUACUGUGGCGAGACAGGAAGAAUGCUGCCAGAGCCGCCGAGGAGUCUUUACCGCCAUCUCCUAGCAGUGACAGCCCCAAGGACGCACAUGAUGUCGACGAGCGUCAGGCGGUUACCGCCGACAAAAUCUCGCCAGUUUGA